AUGCAGUCCACCGGCGGUCCUGGCAGCGCGCCGCCCUUCACCUUCCCGGACCUCGGUCCAGUCGUCCAGGACGCUCAAUUGCGUGGCCCCACGGGGCAGAUCAUCGACUCGUUGGCGCCGGCCUCGGAGGCCUCGGUGGUGCCAACUCCCGCCUCUGCGUCAGCAAGCGGGGCGCCCCGACGGCCCCAGGCUUCGGCUGCAGUUCCUGCAGCUUCAGCGCCAUCGUCUGGUGCUGGUGGCAGCGCCGGGGCUGCUCCGUCACCAACUCCCGCCUCUGCAGAAGCACGCGGGGUGGCGGGCGGUCUCCAGGCCGCACCUUCGGUCAUCGCGCACCAUGCUUCGGCUGCAAGCACCGGAGAGACCUCGGCUUCGAGUGCAGUGGCUCCGACGCUGCCAACUCCCGCUUUGCCGUCCGCUAGCGGGGCUUCGUCGCCCUGCGCUGCGUGUACUCAGCUGGUCCUCAGGUCCUCGCCCGACUCCAGUCCUCUGCACGAGCCUUCGUCAAAUGCUGCACACUUCUGCCGUACGGGUGACCCGCUGCCUGCAACUGCGCACGAGGCUUUGGGACUUCCUCCGCGUUCUUCUGCGCAGUGGUACGCUGUCGAAGACAUCGUCCACCACGAGGUGCAGGCUGAG